UGCUAUCAAUCUUUAAAUCCAAAUACAGAGAAAAUUAGGAGAAAGAAGUAAUACUAUUAUUUGCUUGAUCUUUACAUUAUUAGGUAACUUAAUAUUACAAAACCACUUCUCCAUACCUGGAGUUGAACAUACACUGUUUGUACAAGAAUGGAUUUGUUGACAUUCAAACAGUUUGCGGUGCUUCUCUGGAAAAAUUUUACUAUAAAGAGAAGGCAGUUCAUUAAUUUAAUAUUGGAAGUCUUAACAGCAUUGGUGUUUCCAAUGUUGCUUUUGCUAUUCCGUGCACUUACUAAUAUAAAUGUUAUUGGAUCUCACAAUUUUAAUCCUCAACCCAUCAGUAGUCUGCCUUCUUUCCUCAAAAAUCCUGAAGAGUGGGAAUUGAUUUACGUGCCUUCUAAUAUUAAUGUGGUAAAAGAGAUCACUGAGAGUAUGAAGAGGAAUUUAAACAUCAGUAUAAAAGUGCAAGGCUUUUCUUCAGAAACUGAGUUUGAGAAGUAUGUGAAAUAUGACUCUAGGUCUCACAAAGUGCUGGCUGCCAUUGUUUUUGACAAUGACUUCAAAAACAGCAAUGACCCUCUGCCACUUCAGGUAAAAUAUCACCUGCGUUUUGUUAGGAUACAAAGGACUAUCUUGUGGCCAGACUUGUCAGGGUGGAAAACAGCCUUGCUCUUUCCUAUCUAUCCUUCUUCAGGCCCUAGGAACCCAAGUGACCAUGAAGGAGGAAGUCCUGGGUACAUCAGAGAAGGGUUCCUGGCUGUACAGAAUGCCUUAGAUAAAGCCAUUAUGCUGUAUCAUGAGAACAGUGCUAGACAGAAGCUGUUUGAUGGCAUUAGCAUUUUUAUACAGAGGUUUCCACACCCAGCUCAUUCUCACGAUGGAUUAAUUUGGAGCAUUAGUGGCUUUCUCCCUUUGAUGUUCAUACUCAUGUUCUCUCCAAUUGUACUUUCCAUCAUGAGAUUCAUUGUGUGGGAAAAGGAAAAAGGAUUGAAGGACUACCAACUCAUAAUUGGACUUAGAAAAUGGAUGAUCUGGGCUUCCUAUUUCUUCACAGUCUUCUUUUUUUAUAUGAUUAUUAUCACUUUGAUAUGUGUGUUAUUCUUUGCCAAGAUUUCCAAUGAACCAAUCUUCCGCUACAGUGACUAUAGUUGCAUCUUUGUUUUUCUUAUAUGUUAUGCCAUUGCUUCAAUUUUCUUUGGCUUUAUGGUUAGCACAUUCUUCAGUAAAGCCCACUUGGCUGCUUCUGCUGGAAGCCUUCUAUAUUUUGCCAGUUUCUUUCCAUUUAAAUCCAUCGCUCAAAACUAUGGACAGAUAACCCUCACUAACAAGGUGGCUGCCUGUCUCAGCUCAAAUGUUGCACUGGCACUGGGGAUUAAUCUUCUGCUCAAGUUGGAAAUAAAAGAAAUUGGUGUCAAGUGGGAUAACCUUUGGACACCAGCCAACCUUGAGGAUAACCUCAUAUUUGGCUAUAUGAUGGGAAUGCUUUUAGUUGAUGCUUUCUUAUACGGCCUUGUGACCUGGUAUGUAGAAACUGUCUUUCCAGGACAGUAUGGCGUGUCCCAACCAUGGUACUUUUUUCUUAUGCAUUCAUACUGGUAUGGUCAUCCAAGAAUUAGAAGGAAAAGGGAAGAAAUGAAAGGCUGUGGAAGAACUCAAAACAAAUAUUAUGAGCCUGAAUCAACUAGCUUGGUGGCAGGUAUCCAGAUCGAACACUUACACAAGGAAUUUGGUGACAAAGUAGCAGUAAACGACAUAUCAUUGAACUUGUAUAAGGGGCAGAUCACUAUUCUUCUAGGAGAAAAUGGGGCAGGAAAAACCACAACCUUGUCUAUUCUCACAGGUCUCUACCUUCCAACCAGAGGAGAGGUCUACAUUAAUGGAUAUGCCAUCUCAAAGAACAUAAUUGAUAUUCGAAAAAACAUGGGCUUCUGCCCACAGCAUGACUUGUUGUUUAAUGACUUGACACUAUCAGAACACCUUUAUUUCUACUUUAUGGUAAAAAGAAAAUGUCAGAAGAUAUACCCUAUUGAAAUUGACAAUAUGCUCUCUACUUUUAACCUACAAGAAAAGCGUGAUACAAUUUCAGAGUCACUGACUGCAGGAAUGAAACGCAAACUCUCCGUCAUGAUAGCACUUAUAGGAGACUCCAAGGUGAUGAUACUCGAUGAACCAUCAUCUGGCAUGGACCCUCUCUCAAGAAGAGCCACCUGGGAUCUCCUUCAACGAUAUAAGCACAAUCGUACCAUCUUAAUGACCACCCACUACAUGGAUGAAGCUGACAUCUUGGGUGACCGUAUAGCCAUCAUGGUCAAGGGAACCCUGCAGUGCUGUGGCUCUUCAGUCUUCCUUAAACAAAUAUAUGGUGCUACAUAUCACAUAGUCAUGGAACUUGAACCACAACAUGAUGUUGAAAGGAUUUCUGCAGUGAUUCGGUCUCAUAUUGCAGAUGCCACCUUGGAAAAGUGUACUGGAGCCGAAUUAUCAUUUAACCUUCCCAAAGAGUAUACCCACAGGUUUAAAACUCUGUUUAAUGAACUGAAUAAGAAAAAAAGAGAGCUAGGCAUUGCCUGCUUUGAUGCUUCAAAAACUACCAUGGAAGAAGUCUUCCUUAAGGUCAAUAAGCUGACAAAUCCCCAAAUGGAUAUUCUUCCUAUCCAGUCCCCUUCAUUGAAGGGCCAAAAAAUAAGACAAGACAUGAAGAAGAAUAUUAUUACACCUGGAAACCAUAACACACCAAUUUUUUCAAGACUGAAUGAAAUUGCUACCAUUAAAUUUAAUACUGGGUUUCCACUUUUCUGCCAGCAAUUUCAUUCCAUGUUUAUAAAGAGAGCACUAUUCAGUUGGCGCAACUGGAAAUUGGUUUUGCUACAGAUAUCAAUAAUUUUGUUUGUCACUACAUACCUCUUAACAGCUCAAAAUUUAUAUUCUGAAGAGCACAUCAGAGAAAUGGAUUUGAGUCAGUAUGGUCAAACAAUUGUGCCUUACUCAGUUUUAGGGAAAUCUGAUUUGGCUAUGAAUCUCAUAAGGAACCUGAAGAUUCUUCUACAACCUAAGAAUCAAGAACUUCGUGAAGUGCAAGGUAAUGUAACAAAUUACAUAUUGGAAAAUAAAACGUGCCGUGACUUCUCAAUUAUUGCACUUUCAAUUGAGGUUGAGAAAAACAAAACAGUAUUUACUAUUUUAUUCAAUAAUGAGGCAUACCAUUCAGCUCCAACAUCCCUGGCAGUGUUAGACAACAUUCUCUUUAUGUCACUUUCCGGCCCCAGUGCUUCCAUUAAAGUCUCCAACAAACCUCAGCCUCUCCCUCUUUAUGAGUCUCAUACAGUGCCUGAAAAUGGAUUGCAGAUAGUAUUAUGUUUGGCUUUUGGCAUGGCUGCUGUAGUUGGUAGCUUUGGCCCCCAGACAGUGACUGAGAGAACCACUAAGGCAAAGCACAUCCAGUUUGUGAGUGGAGUCUAUGUACUUAUUUACUGGCUCUCUGCUUUGCUGUGGGAUCUCAUCUUCUUCUCCAUUUCCUGCUGCUUAUUACUGGGAGUGUUUAAAUACUGCAGACUGGAUGCAUUUGUGGAAGACUACCAUUUUCUGGAUACAAUGAUGAUCUUUAUGCUGUAUGGUUGGUCUGUUGUUCCUCUCAUGUAUCUGGGAAGCUUCCUGUUUUCUAAUAGUACUACUGCCUACAUCAAGCUCACCCUCUUUAACUACUUUUCAACUGUUUUCAGCAUUGUUAUCCACACAGUAAUACAAUACUAUGGCAAUGAAAUUCCUGACUCCACCAAAACCUUCAUAGAUAAUGUGUUAAUGAUGCUCCCCAGUUACAACUUUGCAAUGAGUAUCAGCAAAUUCUUUGAGGACUAUGAAGUAAAAAAAUUGUGUGCCCAAGAAUUUCAAAACAUCUAUAUGAACUGCAGUAAAAAAUUUAUUGAGAGCAGUGUCUAUAGUUUUGGAGAACAUGGAAUUGCAAAGUUUUUGACUGCAUUGGCUGCCACAGGCUUAUUUUACCUCCUGUUGCUUUUUUGUCUGGAGACUACAUCUUGGAGAUUUAAAAACUUUGUAUUUCAGAAAAUUUUAUCUAACAUGUACAACAUAUUCAUGAAAGGCAGGAAGACGCCUAUGUCCAUCAAAGUAAGCAAGGAAUAUAAAGAUGAAAAUAUAGAAAAUGAAAGGAAGGAAGUCUUGACACAGCCUCAUAAAUUGAAGAACAGCCCAUUGCUUCUCAAAGAACUUACAAAGAUUUAUUAUAAAUGUCCAGUUGUAAAGGCUGUAAGAAAUAUUUCCCUUAUCGUCAAAAAGUCUGAAUGCUUUGGAUUACUUGGCUUAAAUGGAGCUGGGAAGACCACUACAUUGAAAAUGUUGACUGGAGAUGAGACCACCACUUCUGGAGUUGUGUUAAUUGAUGGCAUUAGCAUCACUGAAAAUAUCAGAAAGGUUAGGUCAAGAAUUGGCUAUUGUCCUCAGUCUGAUCCUGUGCUGAACCACAUGACAGGUCGGGAAUUGAUGAUCAUGUAUGCCAGGCUGCAGGGGGUCCCUGAGCCAAACAUCUACAAGUAUGUAGAAACAUUUUUGCAUUCAAUGCACCUGGAAACCCAUGCUGACAAAUUUCUCUACACAUAUAGUGGAGGAGACAAACGUAAAUUGAAUACUGCUAUUGCCCUAAUGGGAAAGCCCUCAGUUGUCUUCCUGGAUGAGCCAUCUACUGGCAUGGACCCAGUAGCCCGGCGCCUUCUCUGGGACACAGUGACAUGGAUGAGUAAAAGUGGCAAAGCUAUCAUCAUAACUUCCCACAGCAUGGAAGAAUGUGAGGCCCUCUGUACCAGACUGGCCAUCAUGGUAAAGGGGAGAUUCAAGUGCCUAGGCAGCCCUCAGCACCUCAAGAACAAAUUUACUGAUAUAUAUACUCUGACAGUAAAGAUUAAGAUCGAUAAGAAUGAAAAUAAAUUAAAGAAGUUCAAAGAAUCCAUUGCAACAACAUUCCCAGGUAACAUCAUAAGCCAGGAAUAUCAAGGAAUUAUUUACUACCACAUUCCCAGAAAGGAAAUUUGCUGGGGGAAGGUGUUUAGUAUUUUGGAGGAAGCUAAAGUGCUAUUCAAUUUAGAAGACUAUUCUAUAGGUCACAUAACACUGGAACAAAUCUUCCUGGCCAUUGCUAAUGUUGAUAAAAUGGAAAAUGAUCAAGAAAUAAAGCUAUUAUGAUAUUCAAUUGCAACCGGUGACCUUUAUGUCUUUCCUAGACUGCUGCCUGCAACUAAGUACAGAGGUACCUCUCUCAUCUUGUUUUUCUUCUUCUACCUUCUCCUUCUCUUCCUUCUUUCUCCUCCUCCUC